CUCAUAAAACCCUCCUUAAACCCACCCGCCCGAUCUCUUCCCCUUCUCUCUUCAAUGGCGAAAUACCAAUUUCCCAAAAUACCCUUCUUCUUCUUCCUUCUACUUUCUUUCCUCGAUCUCUCAUCCUCGGUUUCAAUCCACGAUAUCCUCCGCACCAACGGUCUCCCUCCAGGAAUUCUCCCAAAAUACAUAAAAUCCUACACCCUCCAUUCCUCCGGCGCUCUCGAGGUCGUCCUCGAGCGCCCCUGCCUCACCAAAUUCGACAACAGAGUCCUUUUCGACACUGUCGUGAAGGGAAAUCUCAGCUACGCUGCCCUAACUGACCUCUCAGGUCUCUCUCAGGAGGAGCUCUUCCUUUGGUUGCCUGUCCAAGAUAUCAUCGUCAACGAUCCGUCUUCUGGUCUCAUCCUCAUCGAUAUCGGCGUCGCUCAGAAGCAGCUCUCACUGUCGCUGUUCGAAGAUCCGCUCGUUUGUAAGUCGGAUGAGGAAGAUGAUGGGAGUUCUAGAAUUCUAUCAUUGUUUGGAAUGAAGAGGGGAAGGAAAGAGAAGGGAUUUGAAGAUCAGAAAUGAACGAUCAGAUUUUAUUCUAAAUUUUUAUUUCACUGUCUUUUUCUCUUUUUAAUUUUACAGAGAGUCAGAAAUUCGAGAUUAUGACUAAUCUCAAUUUGGGUGGGCCCCAUCUGACAUGGACAGUGGGGUCCACCAAAUGGAGUAUUAGGGCAUAAUUCCCAUUUUGUAGGACCCCUCACCCAAAAAGGAGUCUUGGAUGGUUUGGGGUUUGGUAAGCAACCUGACCAUCUAAGACUCCUUUUUGGGUGUGGGGCCCUCCAAAAGUUGCAGGUUAGCUUAAUCGUACAUCUCUUGCCUCAUGUCACGUGCCUAGGUGGGCCCCACCAUGAAAUGAUCUUUCUGGUCGGUUGUAUGAUAAGCUAGCCUGCAGCUGGUUGUUUUUAGUUUUCUGGUUUGGGAUUUUUCUCUGUACAGUUGUUAGUUUACCACACUAUCUAUAUAAAUUUGUUUGAUGCUUGGA